GGCUCCACCUUUCCCGUGAUACAUCAUUUACCAAGCCACAAAAGGUAAGGUCAGAAUCUCUAGGGCUGCUAAAAAUUGAAACCCUUAGCUUCAAUUUUCAACCGAGAAUUUCAAUUUGGGAGGAGCGAAGCCAUCAAUUUCAAAAUUUGCAGCGACAAUCACGACAACAACCACGGCCACACAAUUUCACAAUGGGUCGCCUUAGAGAAUACCAGGUCAUUGGCCGUCACUUGCCUUCCGAGGCCAACCCAGCCCCAAAGUUGUACCGCAUGAGAAUUUUUGCACCAAACACCGUUGUUGCAAAGUCUCGUUUCUGGUACUUCUUGAUGAAGUUGAGAAAGGUCAAGAAGGCAAAUGGAGAAAUCGUCAGCUUGAACGAGAUCUCUGAGAAGCGCCCAAUGAAGGUUAAGAACUUCGGUAUCUGGAUCAGAUAUGAUUCCCGCUCCGGAACUCACAACAUGUACAAGGAGUACCGUGAGAUGUCAAGAACCGAUGCUGUUGAGGCUUUGUACCAAGAUAUGGCUGCCAGACAUCGUUCCCGUUUCAGGUCGAUCCACAUCCUCAAGGUUGUUGAGAUCGAGAAGACCGAAGACGUCAAGCGCCCAUACAUCAAGCAACUCCUCGAAAAGGACCUCAAAUUCCCUCUUCCUCACCGCAUCUCCAAAUCCAUGACCGCCAACCUCUUCGCCUCAAAGAGACCAUCAACUUUCUACUAAGUGUUUCGUGGCAUAAGUCUGGGUUGGGGUUUCAAAUAUUGGUGUUUUUACAUGCAUCUCGGAAAGGUGUGCUAGCUUAAGCUCAAUGAAUGGGAUCAAUAGCAAACAACAAUAUUGACAUGACAAAUGUUUUCUGUGCAAAUUUUAAUCAAUGUUUGAUGAGUUUUUAUGAAGUCUAUUUUCACGUAUAUGCCAUUCUCAAGUUCCUUUUGAACAUGAGAUUACGUCAACACCAGUGCAGUCGAUAACGAUCAAAAUCUAACAAUCUUGCAUUUUGGAACCCGCAAAUUCUGUAAACUCACUAGGCAUGAAAAUCAGAAAGAGUUCCCAUGUGUUCGAUUGAAGAUUUAAGUCUAAACCCAAAACAUCGAACGUUUCGUACAAACACCAAAGAUCUUCAAUUUCUCUGUUGUUGACCCCCCACACCA